GCUGCUGGGCAUCAUGAAGGUAUGGUCAAUUUGCAUCUUUCUCUUUUAUUAGUGUAGAUUAUUUAGCACCUAUUAAGUAUCAGGCACUAUAUUAGGUGCAGGGAGUCAGUGUUAAGUGCACAUAGUCAUAGAAUUUAGGGUCCUGGGUAAGACAGGAAUUAAACAUAUAAAUGAAUAGGGAGAUAAUUACAGUGAAGAAAGGUGGUUAUAAUACAGGAAGUGAUCCUUGAGUCAAGAUCUGAGGAUGGCGUUAACUAGGCAAGGAGAGGGGACAGUCUGAGCAAAGAUCUUGUGGCAGGAGGGCACUUGGAACAUUCCAGAAAUUAGGGGCCAAGGUUUAGAGUACAGAGAACAAGAGGAAGGAGUGUAUACAGAGGCCAUGCCUAGCAGGAGCUUUAAUGUCAGUGGGAAGCUAUUGGCUUUAAGCAGGGAAGGGACAUAAUCUGCAUUUUAAAAGAUUAUUUAAAAAAUACCUAUUGGCUACCCAUGAUGUGCCAGGCACCAAGUUCCUCAGGACAAUAUGCUCAUGCCUGCCAGAAAUGGACUGUUAGGUGGUGGUGUUCCCACUUUGGACGUGAAGAACAUUAAAGUUGUGAAGUCCGUUUAAUGGACAGAAUGUCCAGAGGGAUGUCUUGAAAUUCACGUUGCCUGAAAGGAGAAAUGGCCUUUGGUAGUAAUUCAUGGCCAAAGACUAAUUGGCCAGUUAGUCAAGGACAUGGGAAGAAUAAGAUUGGAGAACUGGUGAUAAGGCAUACCUGGAAAGGGAUAUUCUGGACCUUGCAGAAUAAAUCUGGAGAACAAUAUGGAUGACAUGAACCCCUGUGUGGAUGAAACUUAGCCUCUUUUCUCAGGCUCAGUGGAAUUAUGGGGAAAAAAGGCAAUGAUAGACAGGAUUGAGCUGUGCUUGGGAUCACCGAGCCAUUGCUGAAUGUUGAGGUUGCCAGCAGCAGUGGCCAAUCCUGAGCUGGUGAUAUACCCCAUGCUCCAGGAGGAUCAGCCAACCACCUGGAGGCAAGUUGAUUCCAUUGGCCCUUCCCAGUCGUUGAGGGAAUAGUGAUUUGUCCUCUCUGAAACACAUUUACUGUAGGUUUAGAUUUGCUUUCCCUGCUUGCUGUGCUUCUGUCAGCACCACCAUCUGGGGACUUACAGAAUGCUUCCUAGCCUGUUGUUGUGUCUGACACCAUAAUGCUUCUGGCCAAGAAACUCACUCUGUAAUGAAAGAAGCAGUACAGUGGGCUCAUGUCCAUAGAAUUCAUUGGUCUAAUUGUAUAUUCUGUCUCCAAGAAGCACCCGGUCUUAUUGAAGCCUUAGUUAUGGUGCCUUCUGGGAGGUAACCCUAUUUGAUGUGACUUCUAGGAUGCAGUGUAUGCUUUGAACUAGUGUCCAAUAUUUGGCACUCUUUCUUCCUGUUCCUAUAUUGCUCUUUAACCACCUCAAAACUUAGUGGUUUAAAAACAACUACAAAAUGUACUUUGCUUGCAAAUCUGUAAUUUGUGCAGGGCUCAGUGGGGACAGUUUAGCUGUGUUCUACUUUUCCCAUGAUUCAGUUGGGGCAGCUGAAAAUUGGGGGGCUGAAACCAUCUAAUGGACCACUCACUCCUUCACUGUCUGGUGACUGAUGCUGAAUCUGUACCACGAUGCCUACUCAUGGUCUUUCCAGAUGCUGGGUGCGCUAUUGUUGGUAAAUUUCGUUAUUUAGUCCCCAAGUUACAGAGGAAUGGAUAUCACCUUGAGGUUCUAAACUUAGAAAUGGAUGGAUGGAUGUGGUAACUGAUGAAACAUUGGAUUGACUUCCUCAGAGGGUGACAGAGUAUAAAAUGAACAUAAGUUGAAGAUUUCAUUUUGCUUACAAUGAAGGAACUAGGCAGAUGUCAUGGUUAGUUCAAAGGAGAAGUCAAGGAAGCACAAAUCACAUGGAGUAAAGGAAUGUUACAGCGAAUGCUUGGAUGGGGGCAAAACUGUUUUUUCCACGAGUGGAGUUAGUAAUCAUCUGUUGACUUCCUACUGCACGAGAUGAGGAUUUAGCGGUAUAUUAUAAAGCAUGCAAUUAUAAAGAACAGCCAGGUGGAAAAGAUGCAUAGGACAAGGAUGAAGAUGGAUGACUGGUGCCACCCAGUAAUUUUCCCAGAUGCGCGGAACUUCCGCCCCUUCACUUCUGAUUCUCUGGCUGCAAUUGAGAAGCGGAUUGCCAUCCAAAAGGAAAAAAAGAAGCUCAAAGACAAGACAGUGGCAGAACCCCAACCUCGACCUCAGCUUGACCUAAAGGCCUCCAGGAAGUUGCCCAAGCUCUAUGGUGACAUUCCCCGUGAGCUGAUAGCAAAGCCCCUGGAAGACUUGGACCCAUUCUACAGAAAUCAUAAGACAUUUAUGGUGUUGAACAAAAAGAGAACAAUCUACCGCUUCAGUGCCAAACGUGCCUUGUUCAUUUUGGGCCCUUUCAAUUCAGUCCGAAGCUUAGCCAUUAGAAUCUCAGUCCAUUCAUUGUUCAGCAUGUUCAUCAUCUGCACUGUCAUCAUCAACUGCAUAUUCAUGGCCACAGCUCAUGGGAAAGACAACAUUAUAGAUACUGAGCUUGCUGAGUAUAUCUUCACUGGGAUUUAUAUUUUUGAAGCUUUGAUAAAAAUAUUGGCAAGAGGUUUUAUCCUGGAUGAGUUUUCUUUUCUUCGAGAUCCAUGGAACUGGCUGGACUCCAUUGUCAUUGCAACAGCGUUUGUGUCAUUAUUACCAUUUAUGAAGGCCAACAGCAUCAGUCUGUCAUCCCUGCGUACCUUCCGAGUGUUCAGAGCUUUGAAAGCAAUUUCAGUAGUUUCAGGUCUGAAGGUCAUUGUGGGGGCCUUGCUGCGCUCUGUGAAGAAGCUUGUUGACGUGUUGAUCCUGACUCUCUUUUGCCUCAGCAUCUUUGCCCUGGUAGGUCAGCAGCUCUUCAUGGGAACUCUGAACCUGAAAUGUGUCAAGAAGGACUGCGAGAACAUCAGUAACCCUGACGACUAUUGCUUUGAAAAGAAUGAUUCCACUGAAUUCAGGUUGUGUGGCACCUGGUUGGGUAAUAGAGCCUGUUCCCAGCAGUUUGAAUGCAGGCACACCAAAAAGAAUCCUGACUAUGGCUUUACAAAUUUUGACAACUUUGGCUGGUCUUUUCUUGCCAUGUUCCGGCUUAUGACCCAAGAUUCCUGGGAGAAGCUUUAUCGACAGACCUUGCGUACCUCGGGGCCCUUUGCAGUCUUCUUCUUUGUGGUGGUCAUCUUCCUGGGCUCUUUCUACCUGAUUAACUUAACCCUGGCUGUUGUCACCAUGGCUUAUGAGGAACAGAACAGGAACGUAACUGCUGAGACGGAGGCCAAGGAGAAGAUGUUCCAGGAAGCUCAGCAACUGUUAAGAGAGGAAAAGGAGGCUCUGGUUGCCAUGGGAAUUGACAGAAGUUCACUUAAUUCCCUUGAAGCAUCAUCUUUUUCCCCAAAGAAGAGAAAGCUAUUUGGUAAUAAGAAAAGGAAGUCCUUCUUUUUCAGAGAGCCUGGGAAAGAACAGGUUCUAGGAUCAGAUUCUGACGAAGAUUCCCCCAAAAAGCCAUACCUCCUAGAGCAAACCAAACGACUGUCUCAGAACCUGUCAGUGGAUUUCUGUGAGGAGCACAGAGACCCCUUUCAAAGGCAGAGGGCGCUGAGUGCUGUUAGCAUCCUCACCAUCACCAUGCAGGAACAAGAAAAAUCCCAGGAGCCUUGCCUCCCAUGUGGGAAAAAUCUGGCAUCCAAAUACCUCAUCUGGAACUGUAGUCCCCAGUGGCUACGCUUUAAGAAGGUCUUGAGAACCGUGAUGACCGACCCGUUUACUGAGCUGGUCAUCACCAUCUGCAUCAUAAUCAACACUCUCUUCUUGGCCAUGGAGCAUCACAACAUGAACAAGAAUUUUGAGUUUAUGUUGCAAACAGGAAAUUUGGUUUUCACUGGCAUUUUUAUAGCAGAAAUGUGCCUAAAAAUCAUUGCGCUCGAUCCCUACCACUACUUUCGCCGAGGCUGGAACAUUUUUGACAGCAUUGUUGCUCUUCUGAGUUUUAUAGAUGUGAUGAUGCCGCAAAGUUUGCCAGUUUUCCGUUCCUUCAGAGUGCUGAGGGUCUUCAAGUUAGCCAAAUCUUGGCCAACUUUAAACACACUGAUUAAGAUCAUAGGCCACUCUGUUGGAGCCCUUGGAAACCUGACUGUGGUCCUGGCCAUUGUGAUCUUUAUUUUCUCAGUAGUUGGCAUGCAGCUGUUUGGCUCUAGUUUCAGUUGUGAAAAGAAAAAUCCAAAAGCCUGUGAUUCUACGACAUCCCCAUGUUUUCGACGCUGGCACAUGGGGGAUUUCUACCACUCCUUCCUGGUGGUGUUCCGCAUCCUCUGCGGGGAAUGGAUCGAGAACAUGUGGGAAUGUAUGAUGGAAGCUGAUAAAUACCUGUGCAUUGUUGUCUUCUUGUUGAUCAUGGUGAUAGGAAAACUCGUGGUACUCAACCUCUUCAUUGCCUUGCUGCUCAAUUCCUUCAGCAAUGAGGAGAGGGAUGGAAACUUGGAGGGAGAGUCCAGGAAAACCAAAGUCCAGUUAGCCCUGGAUCGUUUCCACCGGGCUUUCCGUUUUGUGAUACAUACGCUGCAGCAAUUUUGUCACAAACGAUGCAGGAGGCAGAAGUUACCAAAGCAAAAAGAGGUGACAGAAAGCUCUUCUGCAGAGAACAAAGACGUCAUUCCCCUGGUCACAGAGAUUAAAAGAGGCCCAGAGACCUGGGAAGAGUCCAGUGUACUAACUCCUGCACCAAAGCCCUUGAGUGUUAGGCCCGAUCGUACUUGGUUGGCCCCACUUGCAGAGGAAGAAGAUAUUCGAUCUCCUGUAGACAAUGAACAGCCUGUCACACAACCCGAGUCUGGGGAGCAGGCCUAUGAGCUCGAUCAGAAGGACAAGUCCACCAGUAUAAGAGUUCAAAAUGUGGAAAUUGAGGUGUUCUCUGAAGAUGAUCCUUAUAUAUCAGUACAGAAUACCCGAAAGAAGUCUGAUGCUAUCAGUGUGCUCUCGGAAUGUAGCACCAUUGACCUGCAAGAUCCCUUUAGGCGGAUCCCUGAAAUGGUUCCCCAAAAGGAACCAGAGAGAUGUUUUCCCAAAGGCCUGGCUUGCUGCUUCUCAUGCUGUGCUGUGAACAAGAGAAAGUCCCACUGGACCCUUUGGUGGAACCUGCGGAAAACCUGCUACCAAAUAGUGAAACACAGCUGGUUUGAGAGCUUUAUUAUCUUUGUGAUUCUGCUGAGCAGUGGGGCAUUGAUAUUUGAAGAUAUUCACCUUGGUGAACAACCCAAAAUCCAAGAAUUACUUAAGUGUACUGACAAUAUUUUCACAUACAUUUUUAUCCUGGAGAUGGGUUUGAAAUGGGUGGCCUUUGGAUUUCGGAAGUAUUUCACCAGUGCCUGGUGCUGGCUUGAUUUCACCAUUGUGAUUGUGUCUGUGACUACUCUCAUUGACUUAAAGGGCUUGAAAUCCUUCCGGACUCUUCGCGCACUGAGGCCCCUGCGAGCUCUGUCCCAGUUUGAAGGAAUGAAGGUGGUAGUUAAUGCUCUCAUAGGUGCCAUACCUGCCAUUCUGAAUGUUUUGCUUGUCUGCCUCAUUUUCUGGCUUAUAUUUUGUAUCCUGGGAGUAAACUUGUUUUCCGGAAAAUUUGGAAGAUGCAUGAAUACAACAGCUAACCCGGCUUUACUUAUAAAUUACACCAUUAUUGCAAACCGAAGUCAAUGUAUAAAUGAAAAUUUCACCUGGGACAACCUGAAAGUCAACUUUGACAAUGUGGGAAUGGCUUACCUCGCCCUGCUGCAAGUGGCAACAUUUAAGGGCUGGACAGAUAUUAUGCAUGCAGCUGUCGAUGCCAGAGAGAAGGAAGACCAGCCAGCAUUUGAGACGAACAUAUACAUGUACCUUUACUUUGUAUUUUUUAUCAUCUUUGGCUCAUUCUUCACUCUAAAUCUCUUUAUUGGUGUUAUAAUUGAUAACUUCAAUCAUCAGCAGAAAAAGUUAGGUGGCCAAGACAUUUUUAUGACAGAAGAACAGAAGAAAUACUAUAAUGCAAUGAAAAAGUUAGGAUCCAAAAAACCUCAAAAGCCCAUUCCAAGACCUCUGAACAAAUGCCAGGGUCUCGUAUUUGACCUGGUCACAAACCAGUUCUUUGAUGUCUUCAUCAUCAUCUUCAUUCUCCUCAACAUGAUUAGCAUGAUGGCUGAGUCAUAUGAGCAGUCUAAGACCAUGAAAUCCAUCCUUGAGAAUCUCAACCUGGCCUUUGUGGUCAUCUUCACAAUUGAGUGUCUCGUCAAAAUCUUUGCUUUGAGGCAAUACUACUUCACCAAUGGCUGGAAUUUAUUUGAUUGUUUGAUCGUGGUCAUUUCUAUCGUUAGUACCAUGAUUUCUCUCUUGGAAAACCAGGAGCACAUUCCUUUCCCUCCGACACUCUUCAGAAUUGUCCGCUUGGCUCGGAUCGGCAGGAUCCUGAGGCUUGUCCGGGCGGCACGAGGAAUCAGGACUCUCCUUUUUGCUCUGAUGAUGUCUCUUCCCUCUCUGUUCAACAUCGGUCUUCUACUCUUUCUGGUUAUGUUUAUUUAUGCCAUUUUUGGAAUGAACUCUUUCUGUAGAGUGAAGCAAGACUCUGGAAUUGAUGACAUAUUCAACUUCGAAACUUUUGCAGGCAGCUUGCUCUGUCUCUUCCAGAUAACCACCUCAGCAGGUUGGGACACCCUCCUCAACCCCAUGUUGAAAUCUGAAGCUUUAUGUGACCCCAACAAAGAGAACUGUCACCUCUCUACCAUAGCCAUAGCCUACUUUGUCAGUUACAUCAUCAUCUCCUUCCUCAUUGUUGUCAACAUGUACAUUGCUGUGAUUUUAGAAAACUUCAAUACAGCCACUGAAGAAAGUGAGGAUCCUUUGGGUGAAGAUGACUUUGAAAUGUUCUACGAAGUCUGGGAAAAGUUUGACCCAGAAGCCACACAGUUUAUCAAAUAUUCUGCCCUUUCUGACUUUGCCGAUGCCCUUCCUGAGCCUUUGCGUGUGGCCAAGCCAAAUAAAUUCCAAUUCCUAGUAAUGGACUUGCCCAUGGUAAGUGGAGAUCGCCUCCACUGCCUGGACAUUCUCUUCGCGUUCACCACGAGGGUACUCGGUGACUCCACUGGCCUGGACAGCAUGAAAGCGAUGAUGGAGGAGAAGUUCAUGGAAGCCAACCCUCUGAAGAAGUUAUACGAACCCAUAGUCACCACCACCAAGAGGACGGAAGAGGAGCGAUGCGCUGCUGUCAUUCAAAAGGCCUUUCGAAAGUACAUAGUGAUGGUGAAGACGAACAAGUGUGCCUUGGAAGACAGGCCUCAUUCACCACUCCAGACACUCUGCAAUGGAGACUUGUCUAGCUCCGGGGUGGCCGAGGGCAAGGUCCACUGUGACUGAGCCCCUCACUGCCACCCCUACCUUACAGCCUCACAGUCUGUGAGCACCAGGGACCCACAGCCCAGUGUGUGAGCAAACAGUGGACUCAUAGUUAUUCCAUUUUCUUGGAUAAAAGAAGUGCUAUUUCAGGGUUCACUUCAAAUGGUUUCCACAGUGCUGUAAGAUGAGGCUGCCUGACCGUAACCACUGUACUGUUUUAACUAGAAAGGGCUGUAGAGGACACACUAAUGUUAGGAUUGAAACACAGUUCGAAUUAUGUCAAAACAAAAGAAUAAAAAAGAAACAAAAAACAUUAAAAUUUUUAAUUGUUUUUCCAUAUGUUUUGAGGUACAUUAUCUAAUAUCUUCGUUUAAUGUUUUCCCCAAUGCAAGUAUGGGGGGGGCUUAUCACAUAGAGCUCUUUUGCAUGCUAAGUGAAAAUUCAAAACCUGCCAAUAAAAAAAUAGCUCACUGAAGAUAUUUUUACCAACAUUAGAUAUUUGAAGUUUAUUUCAAACACAAAAGCAUGAUCUUGACUUGUCAAUUACCACCAUAUCUUUCACCAGCUGCAAUCUCUGUUAUAUAUAUUUGGA